CGGAUGGGACGAAAAUUGAUGAUAAACCAGCAGGGGAGGGGCUUAAGACGGCAAGGUUUUAGAUAAUACCACACUAUAAAUACUUAAAAUGCAAGGCACACUUUUAUUAUUUACAUUUAAAUUUUGUUAAAUUGCUUUGGAAACGAGGCUGUCAACAGACACUGCACGCGACAGGCACGCGACUGACGUAAUUCUUUAGGUUUAUAUUUGCAAACACAGACUUGCAGACGAUAUUUGGCAUCGUCUUUAAGGAAACAAAGUCCUUUAACUUUUCAGUCUUUAAUGGAUCUUUCGUCUGCUCACUUCACUAAUGAACAUAAAAUGAAAGAGGAAUAUCAUUUUCAGCCUGAAUUGCAGAAUAUGCCAUCUUGCAUGUUUGACCAAGCCUCUCAAAUGGGGGUCAUCACAUCGAGUGGUCAGAGCACAAGGUCAAAACUGUUUCGAUUCCAUGUGGCUAAAGAGAACGCAGCAAUCGGUGGUUGCCGAAGACGGCUUGACUUUAACCAAAGUUGUCCGACAAAUAUUUAUGGUUUAAAACCCGGACAACAAAUAACAGUUGCGCGGCGAAAUGAACGCGAAAGAAAUCGUGUUAAACUGAUAAACAUGACCUUUGCGACAUUACGGGAACAUUUACCGUUUGAACCGGAAAAUACAAAAAAUAAAAAAAUGAGUAAAGUGGAUACACUGAAAGCCGCCAUUGAUUACAUCAAAUACCUCCAGGAGCUUGUUGAUAAUCACGAUGCAGUAAACGCUGUACUAAAUGAAGCCUGUUCUAUAGACGCUAUGCAAUUUGACUUGAGAACUUGUCCAACAAAUUCACCUGAAAAAUCACCAACGGGAACUGUUAUGACGUCAGAAGUGACGUUCGAUGGAUUAAGUGCUGAAGAUGAAGAAUUACUCGACUUUGCAAAUUGGUUUUGAAACAAUAGAAAAGCAGGUGAAACUAUAUUCAGUGCGAUGAUAAGAGCAAAACCCACCUGUCUUACCUGAAAAAAAAAACUGACAUGAAAUUCAUCUAGUCAAAUGCUAGAACACGGGUUUCUGUUUUUAAAGAAGAAGAAACAAAGUAGACACGAAAAAGGAAAAAAUCAACCGCCUUGCCGAAUUAUACGUUGACCACGCCUUAUCUACCGAAGAACACGCCCAUUCGUUACGUCACCAUUACAGGUGAUACGUUUCUA